CAGCCUGAGGACGAGGGAGUUCAGUCGAGUGUGGACCGGAGUGUGGAUGGUGGUGAAGUUGUGCUCAAGUGGUGUAUCAUACAAGCUCUUGGCGUGUACCAUGUGGCGGCCUGUGCUGUUCCUGCUGGCUGCGGCGCUGGCGACUGGGUCUUCCUCAAAGGCGAAUCAAAGGGGCGAGCUGUGGGCGGUGCUUGUGGCAGGUUCCUCCUCCUGGAUGAACUACCGCCAUCAGGCGGACGUGUGUCACGCCUACCAGAUCCUCCACCAACAUGGUGUCCCCGACGACCACAUUAUCGUCAUGAUGUUCGAUGAUAUUGCGCACAACGAAGAUAACCCGACGAAGGGCGUAAUCAUUAACCGACCCGGAGGACCUAACGUGUACGAGGGCGUCCCGAAGGACUACACAGGCGACGACGUGACUCCCGAGAACUUCCUGAAGGUGCUGAGCGGUGACGCCGAAGGAAUGAAGGGCGUCGGGUCCGGGAAGGUCGUGCGAAGCGGCCCCAACGACCGCAUCUUCCUCAACAUGGUGGACCACGGCGCCCCCGGCAUCUUCGCUUUCCCCAACGACUAUCUCAACGCCACUAACCUCACUGACACCAUCCUCGGCAUGCAUCGCGACGGGAAGUUCGGAGAGAUGGUGAUGUAUGUGGAGUCGUGCGAGUCGGGAUCGCUGUUCUACAACUUACUUCCGAAAGAUAUUAUGGUGUAUGCUCUGAGCGCCUCGAGUCCCAACCAGCACUCGUACGCCUGUUACCUGGACACAGAGAGAGACACUUACCUGGGAGACGUAUUCAGCGUCAAGUGGAUGGAAGACACCGAUAGGGAAAACUUGCACCAGGAGACACUGAAGAAGCAGUUCAAGCUCGUGAGGAAGGAAGUGACGACGUCCACCGUGAUGCACUGGGGGGAGAUCCGCCUCGACCGCCAGCACCUGUCCAAGUUCAUGGGGAAGAGGCAGGCGAGUCGCAGCCAGCAGGAUGUGUACCUGCCGAUCCGCGGGGAGGAGGACCCUUGCCUGGAGAGCGCCGUGGCCAGCCCUGACGUCCCGGUGGCGAUCCUCAAGUCCCGCAUCCGGAGGGCUAAGGAGGUCGCCGAGGUGGACGCCCUCAAGGAGGAGCUCCGGCACCUGCGCAUGAACCGCGUGAUCGUCAAGGUGGCCAUGACCCGCAUCAUCGGGCACGUGGCGGGCGGCGCCCCUAGGAUGGCGUCGCUCCUCGUGGCCAACGGGAACCACACCAUCACCCGCUGGCCCUGCUACACCGCCUCCGUCAGGGCCUUCCACGACCACUGCUUCAACCUGGCAAAGAACCCGUAUGCCCUCCGUGUGCUCAAGCCGGUCAUCAGCAUGUGCGAACACGGCUACACGGCAGAGGAUUUCACUCGCGCUGCCAAGCUCUUGUGCACACACGGCCCCGCGUCUGGCAUCGUGUGAAGGAGGGAAGGAGCGGGUAAAGGAAGAGCUGCAGGGGAGAUGGUAAACGGA